UCUUACGUGUUCCCGUUAUACCGACUGUCUUUCUACUGGAUGGCCUUGUCUGGUGAACUAAUGACGAUUAUUAUGGGCACAGUCUUCAGCCUAGUCACAGGUGGGGCUAAGAUGACGAAAAGCAACUUACAUCUGACCGGUGCCCCGUUUUUGAGCCUAUUGAGACGCUUCAAGGGUUCUCGACGUGUCGUUCAACUUCACGAAGCAAGGACACAGGAUGGGAAAAAAGCCUCAGCCGGCAUUCGCGAUGACGAAGAAUGCACGGCUCUCACCAGUUUGUUUUCGAUGAACGGAGCAAAUGAAAUGCCCAAGACCGACGCCGCUGAGCGUUCUGAACGCAUAGCACAAGUCGUCUGAGUCAGGCACAGUUACAUCAUUUCAAUAUAGAUAACUGUAAUUUAGUGCAAGACGCUGUCUGUGGAUGUGGAGACCGUCGCAAUAAAAUUGCAAUAAAACACCAUAAAUGACGU